AUGAUUAAUAGUAGGGGAACGAGGUCCCGCAAGCCGCAGAAUUGGCCUUAUGGCAGUAAUCUUCUCUUGAAGCGUAUUAUAAGAGGCGUUAGAGUAAAAACUCCAUCAGGUGAAGACCCGCGCUUCAUACGUGCCCGAAGGUCGUUGAGAAGACUCCAGCAAAGCUUCGAAGAAAACCUUCCAGGGCGUACCCAAUUCCAGAGAGUACUUGGUCAUGGCGGCUUUGGUCUUGCCACGCUGUGGAAAGUGAAGACCCUCAGCGGCCGCCUCCUUGACAUUGCUGUUAAGACGAGUAUUAGACAGGGCGACGAAGAGAAAGAAUUAAGAUCUGAGAUAUUUAUUCAGGGUGACCUGCUCAAAGGCGCAGAACACAUCGUCCAACUUAUCGAUGUCGAGGAAAACGUUUCAGAUGCCGCCAAGCUCUACAACAAUCGAGAUGCAAAAGUACCAGUCAUGAUUAUGGAAGUUCUCGAGAGAUCUACGCUCGCAGAUCUUAUAGAUCGGAUUAACAAGGCAAGACUUAUAAAUUAUGGAUUUGUUUAUGAAGCCGAAAGUAUCUGGGCAGACAGACGAUGGGAGAAGAGGGAACACGUACAAAUGGGCUAUAUUCCUAAUCGAAUACUAUGGAGACUUUUCUUGUGCUUGGCCAGAGGCAUAAUCGGAAUGGCGUUCGGGCCUCCAAUGGACCCAACUUAUGUAGAAGGGGAGCCUUAUCGUGAAGAGGUACGAGAAGGCCGGCAAAUUAAACGGCUACUUCACAUGGACCUCGAUAUAUAUAACGUCCUUAUCGGAGAUAUUAGCCACAGCUUACUCGACCCCGAGCAUGUCAUGUCCCCAAAAUUAAAGAUAGCCGACUUCGGGAUUGCUAUAGAGUUGCAUAACCACAUGCCGGUUAACCAGAGAGAAGCCCUGUUACAUAGAGGAAAGAAAGAUUUUUACGCGCCAGAACAAAGAGACAAAACAAAUUCCGCGCGGGAUCCUCGUGGCAUAGGACCUUCGAUCAAUGUAUGGGCUAUAGGUUUAAUCAUGUUGAACCUCUUAACGUUGGCACACCCGCAAGUUUCCUCGUGGGAGGCCAGAACAAGAACAUAUGCUGCACCCCGCCUAGGAGAUCCCAAUUAUCAACAAGAAUUCAUAACCUGGGGCUGGUUCCUGCUUGAUCACGAGGAGCACCAUCCUAGUCCGUUUAUUAUGGCAUUCGACUAUGAACUUCGCCUGCUAAUAGCACGUUGCUUGGAGACUUACGGCCCCAGACGUCCAGUGGCAAGCCAAGUCUUGGCAGUGAUCGAGACAAAUAUCGCAGCCACAGACGCCAAGUCUCAGCGACUGUCCGACGAAAGAAUUGCCCGGGAAACGGCUGAAUACAGGCAGCGUCUGAUACUAGAGGAGCAGAAGGAAGCUGAAGCCAUGCAAUAUUCUGAUUACUACGAUCCUGAUUUUGAUGAUUCGCGGGACUAUGGACACUCAACUCGUCCACUAAACAUUCAUCAAAACGACCCGUUGGCCGUGGAUCCGAAUGAGAUGAAUCAGUGGCUGGAUCAGCUAGACCCUGAGGCUCCGGCAAUGUCCAAUAGGGAAGCGUCGCCAAUUUUCUAUGGUUCUCAGAGAACUGCCAUCCAGAGGCAGAGGAAUCCACUCCUAGUACCCGUUUCGGAAUCAGAAGAUUCGCAUAUCAGCGACCCAUGGGGUUGGAUCAUGGGAAACAACAACCCUCGCCCUCCCCCCAUUCACCCUCAACCCCUUCCCGAAGCAUACGACCCGGUCCCAAUAUACCAGCAACCUGCUGCGGAACCCUCAACCACCAUUCCGGGACCCUCAACCGCCGUCCCGGGUCCGUCCACGGCUAUUCCCGAACCUCCACCACCGCCGAGGCCAAGGACUCCAGCAGCCCAGAGAAUCAUCACACGCAACGACUACCGCCCGCUCGGGGAAUUCCAGACGCCGCCCGAGCUCGAAGACGUCGAUCUGCUUGUGAAGUUUUAUAACGACCACAUCCGCAACCCACCUCUAAGAACAGACCCUUACGCAGAGCUAUGGGGACAGAGGACUCCCGAGCCAAGUAUAACCACCGUAGUUAACCCGACACCCGGGCCCCAUGUCAGGUGGGGGCCAACCCCGAUGCCUCCCGGGGGGCUUCCCUCUGCGAUUUGGAAUCCUCCUCCUCUUCCCGGAUACCCCCCCGCUCCUCCUCCUAUUCAUGGGAUUCUAAAGCGGAGACCUGUUCCGCCACCAGCACCGGGACCUCCUGGUCCGCCACCAGCACCGGGACCUCCUGGUCCGCAACCAGCACCGGGACCUCCUUACCCUGUAAGUGAUGAUACAGGAGGUGAUGACGAUAUAUAUAAUGCUACUCCCCGUCCUCCCCCCCGUGCUUCACCUCAUAUAAAGUGGGCCAUGUGA